UUUUUUUUCUCUGAAAUUAAAUGGUGGUUGCACGGAUAUAAAACUUCGUUCUUGUUCUAGAUUCUACGACAAUUUGACAGCGUAAUCGAUUAAGAAGGACCUGGAUCCAUUUUAAAGAUCAAAUACGCAGUUUUUAAGGUCGCAAAUAGGCAACAUGUCUUCAUCGGAGGUCGUCUUGGGUUUUCUGGACGACGCAGAGCCUUGGAGGCUUCGCUCCCCGCAGUUCCCCAGUAAAGUCGGUGGCAAACCGGCGUGGCUUUGCCAGCGAGGCCCGCCCUCGCUCUCCCGGCUGGAGUGCGAGACAUGCCGCCUGCCGAUGGCCUUUCUGCUGCAGGUGUACGCUCCAAUCUCCGGCCAGGACAGAAGUUUCCACAGAACCCUCUUUGUGUUUUGUUGUAGAACGCCAGAGUGCUACACUCACAAUGACAGCCGCUGUGUGAAAGUUUUCAGAAGUCAACUGCCUCGGAGGAAUGAGUUUUAUUCGUAUAAGCCACCACCAGAAGAUGAACCUCCGAGAGACUUGGACCCAGACCAGCACGUGCUGCCCGUGUCUGGAGUUAAAUUGUGUUGGGUGUGCGGUUGCCCUGGCAACAAAGCCUGCUCUCGCUGCCACACCGUCAGGUAUUGUGGCAAGCACCACCAGACGCUUCACUGGAAGCACGCGCACAAGAAGGAGUGCGGGGGUCGAAAAGAAAUGGAGGCCUCCCCGUUUCUCUUCCCGGAGUUUGAGCUUAUAACUGACCCAGAAGAAGAGGAGGAUACUUGCAAGGGUGGUGAAGAAAAUGAUGAGACGUUCGUCGCUGAGACCAGUGCAGACUGUCCCUCCUUAGCAGAAAUGCUUGCAGAAACGGACUUGGAGGAGAUGGCUAUGCAUGAGACCGAGGACAACAAAGUGUUCCAGCGCUUUAAAAAGAAGAUUGCACCUGAGCCACAGCAGGUGUUGCGCUACAGUCGAGGUGGCUCUCCCUUGUGGGUUUCUUUGCAGCAAAUCCCUUCAGAUACAGAUAUCCCAGCAUGCACUUGUGGCGCCAAGAGAAAUUUUGAAUUUCAGGUGAUGCCCCAGGUGCUGAACAGUCUGCGUGUGGACUCAACAAGUGCCAGUAUUGACUGGGGGACUCUGGCUAUAUACACCUGCUCUCUCAGCUGUAACCAUGACGACCAAUACUGCCUUGAGUUCAUUUGGAAGCAGGACUUCAGCUCAGACCAGCAAAGUCCAAUUAAUCAACCAUAACAUCUGAUUUGGCGAAUGUACAUUUUUAUGAGACUGCUGCAUUAUUUUCCCACAACUAAAUGUAUCUUUUCUAUCUACUAGUAUAAUAUAGUAUUAUACAGGGGAUCCUCGACAGUACCGACAUGCGCCUCAAAGUAAUGAACUGUGUAAUAAACUAGUUUGUUUCUUUC